AUGUUCCGCCUCUCCCUUCUCUUCCUUCCCUGUCUGCUCGUCGCGCUGCUGGCCACGCCGACGGUCGCUCUCUCGCACAGCUCGCAGCCCGCCGCUCAAGCAGCGAGCGAGGCGUCGGACGCACCAUGCUACGCUGUCGCCGGCCGACAGUGCCACUCGCACGUGCGUCCCGGCGACGACGAUAGCGAUGGCGCACGUGUGCAACAGCAAGUCCUUCCCGACGAAGUCAUCAUGCCAUGCUACAUGCAGGACGGCCGGCGCUGCCACUCGCAUCACCGGCCGGCGAACGUGCAAGUGCUCGCGCGCGCCGGCGUCAUUGCAGCGGAUGGAGAACGCCUACCGUGCUAUGACAUCGCUGGCCGCCACUGUCACUCGCAUCCUCGUCCGGGCGAUGGCUUCUCACUGCGCCGCAGACAGCUCAUCACCGUCGACUUCUCCGGCCCAUCGGUCGAGGAGAGCGCUUCUGCCGCGUCUGGCCUGACGACGCCCACUCCGGCGCCGGUGGCGAGCAGCACUUCCCGUGUGCAAGAGGUGACCACGUCCGUCGAAGACACACCAACAGCCGAGGCGAGCUCCACCUCGACGACACUUUCUGCGCCGCCCAGUAGCUCGCAAACGAGCUCUGCUGCCGUUCAGACCCCCGCCUCGACGUCGCUGGCGCCGUCGACCAUCGCGCCAUCGGUCACCUCGUCCGCUGCUUCUCUCGCGACAAGCACAACAGCCGUUGCAGUCACGUCCAGCAGCGCAGUCACUCGUUCGGACGCUGUACCGAGUUCAACUGCGUCGCGCCCGGCUUCGAGCGCAGCCAGCCUGUACCCGCUGUACACUGCGCUGCCCUCCGUCAGUCGCUUCGACAUUGCGCCGCAGUUGCUGCCAGGCGAGGCGUCCGAACUGCCGGUCAUCGUCGCUGGAUCGCUCGCCUUCCUGCCGGUGCUGCUCCUUCUCGUCGCGUUCAGUCUCUCCGCACUGUCCUCGCUUGUGCUUCUCUUCUCCCGCGCGCGCGUCCCGGGCAUCUUUGCCGCCCUGCUCCAUCCGAUCUGGACUACGCUACUGCUGCUCUGGCUCGGCCUCGCCACACAGACACUGUCCAAGGAGCGUGUCGAGGAGCAGCAGGCGGUUACGCAGCGCCAGUCGUUCCGUCCGCAAGACUUCGGCUUCGCCAUCUCCUCGCUGCCUGCUACGCCCGGCACGGUGCUGACGGCGGCGACGGCGAUGCAGGAGAGCCGCCACCAUGUGCUCGUGCGCCGCACUCUGCUCGUCGUCAUUGCCGGCCUGGCGCCGCUCGACCUUGCUGCUGCGGUGCUCUUCGUCGUCGGACCGGCAACUGCUGCUGGAGCUCUGGACCGCAUCGCAGCCGUCGUCGGCGCCGGCAUUCUCAGCACCAUGCUCGUCCGUCUGGCCAUGGUGGCGAAGCAUCAAAGCAGCAAGGAACGACUCGGACAGCUCGCCGUACUCGCUUCCAUCUUCGUGCUGCUGGCGCUCGCGUGCACAUCGCUCGCCCUUCCUGGCUUCCGCAGAUCCCCUCUCGGUGUGGUGUUCAGUUCCCUCAUCAGUCUCGUCCUGCUCGGCGCGUCUUUGUUGCUCUGGCCCGCAGAGCGCCACACCUCUCGUCGCGCCGGCAGCUCGUACUUCACCGAGCUGCCGACGCCGGAGCGUCGCGGUGGUCCGCCGCCGUACUCACGCUGCACCGGUUGGCGGAUGGACUCGUGCACCAAGUCGCCCGUCUCGGUCUACAUUCCCGAGGUGGAUCGAGCGCGCACGCCGAUCCAGGAGCGCGGCGUCUCGGGCAUCUACUCUCAGUCGCCGCCCGAGAUGUCGCAGAUGCAGGCUGGCUUCGUCUUUCCGGUCGCCUUUCCCAAUCCGCAUGGCGGCGAUCUCAACCGUGACUGGUCCGAGUCGCUGCCAGUGCCUCCGGCUCGGCGCCAGAGCGCCGCAGCGCCCACCUCCAGCAAGCAGGUGCGGCCCGACACGGCCAACUCGACUGCCACCUGCGAGACGUUCAACAGCGACGAGCGUCAUACUGCGCAGGCCGUCAUCGUGGAAGUGGCCGAGGUGAUGCCCGCCGUGGAGCGCACCACGCACGCUCGCAUGGUCUCGCUCGGCAGCACGCCAAGUCUCUCGCGCAAGGGCACGGCUCGUACCCAGCGCUCUGGGACGCUCAACAGCUGCAAGAAUCUGCCGCCGCUGCCUGGCAGCACUGAAGUCUGUCGUUCCGUCUCGGCGAACACGAUGAACGGCUCCGACGCCCAUGCUACGCACAUCCAUGGCGAGCUGCUGGACCGCUUCCCGACGCCGCCAUCAAGCCCGGCGCGCGAGAAGGAGCGUGCGAGCCCGCGCAAGGCCGUGCCCCGCUGCUCGCCUCUGGCUGCCGCCGCCGACAAGUGGACUGCCGAGCCGGACUUUACGACUGCCUGGCCGCAGGACGCAGCUCACGAUGGAGAGGUGGAAGCUGAUGGUGCGAGCCGUGCCAACGUCAAGCGCUCCUCGAGUCACACGCACCUGAGCGUCACAAGCUUCAUGUCCAGCCUGGCGCGCAACAAGGUCUACCCUCGCACCGCCUCGAGCGAGCAGAGUCGUCCCUCCGUAAGCGCCAACCGCGACGAGUUCGUGGCCGACGCCGGAGCGCCUGCCGUGCCCGAGCUGCCCCUCGGCGCCGCAGCCGAGGGCACACCCACCUUUGAAGUUACUCAGCGCUAUUCCGAUCUGCCCUUCCCUGCGCCCGCCUUCUUGUCGCAGGCCGGUCGCGGCAACUCGAUCAGCAGCACGGCCUCGCAGCAGAGCCCCGCGUCGCCUCUUUCUCCUGCCUGCCUUCUCGCUCCGGGCACCUUCAGCUCGACCGGCAGCACCGGCCGCGACAGCGGCUCCUCGCAGCCGCCGACGCCGUCGCAGUACGGCACGCCGCGCGGCAGCGCCAUUCUCGAGCCCGACUCGCAGCUGCCUUACUACGACGAGUGAUUCCCACCUCGUCGAGCCCCUCGCGAUCCCUUCUCAACGACACCUGUCCCACCUCUCCUCUCCGCCGCCACAUCACUGCGCGCUCGCGGCUGCUGGCCAGCUUGCUCGAGACCAGCCGCUCUAUCCUCGUGUCCGACUCUCUCUUCAUGUCUCCCUCCCAGUGUCACCUCCUGCCGCGGC